AUGCCUUACCCAGACCGAAAGUACAUCUACGAUGUUUUCCGCAACUUUUACAACCCGCCCGAGGGAACUGAAAAGUUCUUCGACUAUGUCGACGACAACGUGCACUGGCAGGUGACCGGCCAGCACCGCUUCUCGGGCACCUGGUCAACCAAGGAGGACUACUACAACGCUACCUGGGCGAAUAUCAACCUUCUGCUUGACGAGCCGGGCUACAAACUCGAAGUCCCCGGCGGCGAGGCCGGCGUGAUUGUCGGCCAGGAUGGCUGGUCCGUUAUCGAAAUGAAGACUGUCAACACAAAGACCAAGAGCGGCGUCCCCUACAACCAGCACUACUCGUGGCACUGUCGCUGGAACGAAGAGGGCAAGAUUGUCGAGGCCAAGGCGUUCCUAGAUGCCGAUCAUCUGGAGAAAGUGUUUGGCGGCGAGCAACGGAAGUUGGGGCUGGCAUCUGCUUAG